CCUGACCUUCGGACCACCGCAGCGUUACACAACACACCGCCCGACGGAGCGGCCGUUGGUCCGCCGCUCAGUUCGCGGUCGCCGCCAAUCGUCGCUGAUCGACGGCGGGACGUCACGUCGCCUCGUGUCGGCUCCAGAGGCGGCACCGGCUGGGAGUGUCUGAGGAGUGACCGCUCCGAUAAGACCGCCCUGCCCACCCAGUAGCUAUAUCACAAUACAGCAGCAUGCCAGAGCAGUUAGCUGUCUGCGCGUAGCUUUAGCCCCGCAGCGACACGGAGCAGCCGAGACACGAUCAUGUGGCUGCCUAUGGUUGGGAUGACGGCCCUGCCCCACCUGGGCGGGUUCUACGGUGGCUACAUCACACGCAAAGAGGUGAAGACCUGGUACCCAACCCUGCAGAGGCCAUCAUGGCGUCCUCCGAAUGCCGCGUUCCCCGUAGUGUGGACGUGUCUGUACACAGGAAUGGGGUACGGCUCCUACCUGAUAUGGAAAGAGCUCGGAGGUUUCACUGAGGACGCUGUGGUUCCGCUGGGACUUUAUGGGAUGCAGCUCGCUCUGAACUGGGCCUGGACUCCUAUUUUCUUCGGUGCACACAAGCUGAAAUGGGCACUGAUCGAGAUCGUGCUUCUCACCGGGACCGUGGGAGCCACCAUGGUGUCCUGGUACUCCAUCAGCCGCACGGCCACUUGGCUGCUGGCGCCUUACCUGUCCUGGCUGUGCCUCGCCACCUCCCUCAACUACUGCAUAUGGAGAGACAACCCUGAGAAGAAGGAAGAGUAGGCGACACGUCUGUGAAGAAACUACUUAAAUUCUGAAUCAUCGCAUGAAAUUAUUUUGAAGAUCUUCCAGCGCAGUUUCACCGUGAACCUUUUCAACUUUAUCAUACAGUUUAUAGACCUUUGAGUUUGUGUGUCGGUCGACCAGUGUGCAAAAUAAUACCUGAAGCAUUCAGAGAUAAUAUGGACCUUGUGUUUGUCCUGCAGAUUACCAGCCGCCCCUGAACUGGCAGCUUUUUACACCCGUUAAUCUGUCUGUUGUUAAACUGUAAGGCAGCGUGCUACUGACGAGUAUCUUUAAUAGUUUUAUUAACUAAUUGUAAUGAGCCUAUACUAAAACCAUGCUCACCCAUUCAGAGCUCUUAAAAACGUAUGUCAUCAGAAUUAAUCUUCACUGUGGGUCAGGCAGCAUAACGAAACUGAAACAAUGAUUUUUUUGUUUUUGAUUUUCAGGUGAAUUGUUAAACUGAAUUUAUUUGCUUUUCUAUAAAGAAUAUCCCAAGUGUGAA